GGGUGUUUCUCGUCGGACUACCGUAGACCAGUGUUCCCAGUUCGACAUGGAGGGGACGCACUUUGCAAGAGCAUGAACACGACGACAGGAAAAGCAGACUAAAGAGGAUUAAAAGCAACUCGGUCUUGAUGGGGAAAAGUUGAGCAGAGGAUUAACAACUUGGGAUAAACUGAAGAAAGGUUUCAAGUCUAACCUAUUGUACAACGGCAUGCUAAAACCUCAGUGAUGGAGUCCACAGUUGUGAGUACGUCCACCUUGGCCCCUGAUGAGUACGAUAGGAACGUGCCGCGGAUCUGUGGCGUGUGUGGCGACAAAGCCACCGGCUUCCACUUCAACGCCAUGACCUGUGAGGGCUGCAAGGGUUUUUUCAGGCGCAGCAUGAAGCGCAAGGCCGCCUUCACGUGUCCCUUUAACGGCAGUUGCACCAUCACCAAGGACAACAGGCGCCACUGCCAGGCAUGCCGGCUCAAACGCUGUGUGGACAUUGGCAUGAUGAAAGAGUUCAUUCUGACAGAUGAGGAAGUGCAGAGGAAAAAGGACCUAAUUCAACGGAGGAAGGAUGAGGAAGCACAGCGUGAAGCGGAGAAGGAGGCGCGGCGGCCACGGCUCAGUGACGACCAGAGUCAGGUCAUCGCCACACUGGUGGAGGCGCACCACAAAACAUAUGACGACUCCUACUCUGACUUCUGCCGCUUCAGGCCUCCUGUGCGCGAGGGCCCAGUGACGCGUAGCGCCAGUAGAGCUGCCUCUCUCCACUCUCUGUCUGAUGCCUCCUCCGACUCAUUCAGUCACUCUCCAGAGUCAGUUGACACCAAAAUGAACUUCAACAACCUGCUGAUGAUGUACCACGAGCAGGGCAGCAGCCCUGACUCCAGCGAGGAAGAGGGCUCCAGCUUCUCCAUGCUGCCCCACCUUGCUGACCUGGUCUCCUACAGCAUCCAGAAGGUCAUUGGCUUUGCCAAGAUGAUCCCUGGGUUUAGGGAGCUGACUGCAGAGGACCAGAUUGCCCUGCUCAAGUCCAGCGCCAUUGAGGUGAUCAUGCUGCGCUCAAAUCAGAGCUUCAACCUGGAAGACAUGUCCUGGAGCUGUGGUGGGCCUGACUUUAAAUACCAGAUCAGCGAUGUCACCAAAGCGGGCCACACUCUGGAGCUGUUGGAGCCACUGGUAAAGUUCCAGGUGGGCUUGAAGAAGCUGAACCUGCAGGAGGAGGAACAUGUGCUGCUGAUGGCCAUCUGCUUGCUUUCUCCAGACCGCCCAGGUGUGCAGGAUCACGCACGGAUCGAAGCCCUCCAAGACCGACUGUCCGAGACCCUGCAGGCCUACAUCCAGCUUCACCACCCAGCAGGACAGCUGCUUUAUGCCAAGAUGAUCCAGAAGCUGGCCGACCUGCGCAGCCUCAACGAGGAGCACUCCAAACAGUACCGCUCGCUGUCCUUCCAGCCGGAGCACAGCAUGCAGCUCACCCCGCUGGUGUUGGAGGUGUUUGGCAGCGAAGUCUCUUAGAAUCUCUAAUCCUCAAUGGUGGUGAGGAAGCU